AUGCUACAAAAAAGCUGCUCUAUACUAGAGAAUAUAAACUGCCAGUUAGACUUAUUGUUAACCCGUGCUUCAAAAAACGCGUCCGUUGAGUCGAAAACAGUACUCGAAAUAUUUCCGAUUUUAGAAUCUUACAGUACCAGCGUGUACACACAAAUUUUUGAAAGCAUUACGCGACUGAUUAGAGACAAACACCAUGAGUCUUACGCGGUUUAUUCAGCCACGCUAACUUAUUUGUUGGAAAUGCUUAGUAGGAAAAGGUUCACGAAGACGGAUAAUCUGGUGCUAUUAAGGAAUAUUUGUGAUUAUCUUGGCCUACUGAAAAUGCAGAGAAGAUAUAAAUCCAUGACCAUUUUAAACGACAUGGAUGGUGAUUUAAAGAGCUUAAAGAAUUCACUCCUUAAAAGUUUUACUGAUGAAGUGUGCCAAAACAGACUUACGGAAAAUCUGUUUCUUUUGCAGCAUGCCGCUUGGUGUGCUUAUGGAUCUGCCUUUAUUGAAUCGUUUUACGAGCUUUUGCCUUUGAUACAGACGUUUCUUGCAAAAGACACUUUUUUGUUCCAUUCAAAAUGCCUUCGCUUCUCUACGGCCUUUACUAUAUGCAUUCUGAAGUCCAUGUUCUAUCUGGGUUCAUCCGCUACCAGCGAGUCUCUGGCCAGAGAUACACUCUCCAAGUUGGCCGAAGCGAGCCAAUUAACAACUGUCGAACAGAAGCCCUCAUCAAAAGAAGUUGCCGUCGAACUAGUGCUAUCUACGAUACAGCUAUCUACAAUAAUAUUCAAAAGAUCAGUGUUCGAAUCACGCAGAAGACCAGAAGGAAGCAUGAAGCCCAGGGUUAAAGUGGACUUUGCUACGUUACUAAUGAAUCAAUACCCUCGAACACAAACGGAAUGUUGCCUAGCUAGUCUUUUUCCAAACCCCGCUUCGCAACUAUUGGCUAUUGUAGAAGCCCUUAGCACGCCACCUGCAGAACGCCGCAGUCUGUUUAACCCGGCCCUGCCAGAGGAUGAAAACAGCUGGGAGAUCAAUGAUGUUUACACGGAACUACUUAUAGCCGCCUUGGAGCUAAUCUAUCCAAAAGUCACAGCUAAUUUGGGUGCUUUGUACGGAACGGGAUUCAGAAGUGGCCAUCAUCCGCCAAAUCUGGAAGUUAAAAACCUCAAAGCUACAAAUACCAUCGCUCGGAUAACAGACGAGACUAUUGGUAUGCUUCAACUGGAACUCGUUGAGUUACUGGCCGGAUGCGCAAGAUCGAAUCGUGCCGUGCCGGAUACUAUGUCCCCAGUUUCCGUUUCAUGUACAACUGACACAGUGCUCUGUCUGAUGGAGAUGGCGUUCGCCAUAUCGCACUAUGAGAUUUUUGUGACGUUCUACGGUCUCACAGCCAGAUACCUAAAAGAUCUUUUGCAACAAGAUGAGUGGCGACUUAAAAAUCCCAAGGCAACGCUCUACGUUACCAACAAACUGAAGGUCGUCGAAUUGAUGUGGGCUUUGUAUCUAGUACAACGCGAGGAAAGAAUCCUAUCCAAAGGUGCAUUCGCGGACCAAACAGAACGCAGACAGACCUUCAGAAGCGAAACCACAAUCGCUGAGAAAGUUGAUCGAUCGGAGGAUGUGGAGGAAACAGCUGAAAGGAUGGACCAUUUGCAAACUACCCUUAAGAGAGUGACUUCAAGAAAAAUGUUAAAAUUGACGAUGUGCCUGUUAGAUCUUCUGCGAGACCAAGAGAAUGCAAUAGCACCUUCCGCCAUUGGAAUAUACCUGGAUACUGUUGCGGCCAUUUGGGAUUAUUGUAUGAAUCGAAUGGAACCUUUGAUGCCGGAGAAUACCAGUAGUCAACAGCUCGAUGAUCGGUGGAUUGAAAAAGCAACUGAAAUGCUGUACCUCCUCCGUCUCGUGCAAUUCACGCUAUUGAAAACGCAUCCAGAUCAUGAGAAUGGCCUACUUGCUACAAGUUUAGCAACUCAUGUGCUGUGGCUGUUGAAGCAGUUGGAGACGUGCCAGAGUCCAUCGGCAGAAUCCACCGUCCAUGCCGGGAGACAAUGGGAACCCAUCGUCCUCGCAGCAAUCCGUUUGAAUGUGACUCAAGAUUUGGGGACGGAGGGCUGGUGUCACUCGCAAUAUUGGAUCGCCAUAUGGAAGGAAACUGUUGGUGUUUUGGACUGGACACUAACAGAGAUCGGAUCACAUUUGGGUCAGCUGGAACAACAAAUGUUCAACGGAAUAGAAGAAGUUCAACAAGCAGAACACCUUGAGCUGAGUGAGCUCUAUAUUGAAGUCAGUUGGUUGCAACGUGAAGUUUCACACAAAAUAGAUAGACUCAAGGUGAAAAUGUGGAUCGAUCAACAUGGACCGGUGUCCGGACAAGCUCUGCGCACGUACUCCGAGGAGCUAUACUUCCAUACAGCGCAGACAUGUAGGAAGAAUCCCAUAGCAAAGGCUUUGCACUACUGCCAAAUAGAUGGUGACAAAGAAAAUGUAUGCUCCAAUAAAGAACUCCUUGAAAAAGCAGAAGCCCUGUUGCUCUCGCGAGAAUCCAUGUCGAGUCGAGUCCGUGAAGAAGGAAAAUUCGAACACACAGAGAAGCUGGAGAUUAUCACCGAUGAAGCAGAACGCCCUCCACCACCGCAAGUGAUAUCAAAAACAAGGACUUCUGUGACUUUAGUGACCAAACCAUGGACAGCGAAGACUGGCGGUCCGGUAGCCUACUAUGCUUUGUAUGGUCGUCCAGUCACUAAGUCCAAGAAGAUAGUUCAGGAAGUGGAUGACAAGCUUCAUGGAACGAUCACCAUGACUCCUGUGGUUCGAGGUCUUUGCAUUUUGCAUGCAUUCGACUUGGCGCCUGACGUGGAAUAUACCUUCGCAGUGUCAGCCUACGAUGCUUACGCCCAACCCCUUGGCACACAUCGCUGCGGACUGGGAAAAUCUACACAGCCAAUAUUGACAGCACCUAUGCAGUCCACGUUGGUUGCCAUAGCGCAUCUAGCUCAGACUGCAUUCCGACGAAAUGUUCUCUCGGUAGCAAGAAGAGCUUUUCAGGUCUUGUGGGAAAACUUUGUCGAAACACAAAUGUUUGAGCCAUCCACAAAGAUUCCGGAGCCAUCGGUGAUAAUUCCACUCAAAGUAUAUAAAUUACGUUUAUCGGGGAACGAGAAGGUGGCUCCAAGAAUCGCCCUGAGAUAUUUCGUACGUUGUCUUCUCCUUGAUGCGACCUUUUUCGUGAACCAGUUUCAUCCGUCGAAUUUAACGGAGACAUUCAGAGAGAAUUUGGAACACCAGACAUUGAGGAUUGACCUCAGUCAACGUCUGCUCGUCGGAAUGGAGCUGGCAGCCACGCUUGAAGAGGACGAUGUGCUCGUCGGGAUGGCCAAAAUAAUUGACAUUCUGAUAGCGCCCUUGAUGGAGAACAACAUCUGCAUACCAGUUAUGGCAAAG